AUGGACAAAUAUUCUGAAAGAAACUGGAAUCCCCUGGCAACUUGUGAUGAAAUGCAGCUCUCGUUCUCAGAUAAAUUUAGAUCAAUGGUUGACAUUGGCUGGCUUGGCACGAUGUGGAUGAAUCGAUGGCACUUGUCUGACAUUGACAUUCCAUCCUACAAUGAAGACAACAAAGAGUUAAAAGACGAUGAGAGUCGACUUUCUUCAUUCUUUAGGCGAAUUCGACUUAUCCCCAAAUUCGAAAAUUUAACAGUUGAGGAAAGAAUACCGAGGAACGCACGAGCAGAAGGCCUCAACGACCUGCUGCCGCAAAACUAG